GUGGCAUAUUCAACCUGUGUGCUAGCAUGGUCAUCAAACCGUCCUCUCAGGGUGUAGAUGGCCGUGAUACUGUUAAAAGUAGUGGUAUUCCUGUUCGUCAAAAACGAAGUUCCAUCACAUUCGACAGUGGUUUGAGAAAACGCCGGAAAUGUAAGUAAUCCCACGGUUAAUUCUUCAUGUUGACCAAGUUAUUUUUCAUGUAUAUUUGCAAGUAAUAUAAUUCAUCGCUAGUUAAUAUAAUAUUCACUAAGUUAUAGUAAGUUUGAUGAUCUCACAUGGAGUAAAACUUAUUUUUGCCAGAGCGCUUCCAUAUUGAGUGUAUACAGCCAGACUUAAAAUAAGUCGAUAUCAAAAUAUCCCAUGAUGACUGCUAUUGGCUUACCGUGGGUUUCAUACUUCAUUCAAGAGACACGGUAAAUACAUGUUAUUAGUAUUCCAAUGCAGUAAGCUUUGUCCUAGUGCCCCACAGAUAUUUCAUCCUAUUCUGUUUUAUGCCUCACAAGUAAUAAAUAUCUUAUUUUUCUGUAUACUUUUUUCAUUUCGACAUGCUUCCUAUCACACUUUCUCCAUUAUAUUUAAUGUUAUUUUUGUCAAAUCCUUGUGGCCACUUUACCUUUCUCGUACGUUCAGGCAUCUGACGUUAACUAAAGGCUUAAAUUCCAACUAAGCAUUGACAUGUUUACUGUGACUUGUACGUGGUAAAAAGUAUGAAAAUCUUCUAACUCAAAUUCGUUCGUGUUGUCUCUACUGUGGAUGAGAUAAGAUAACGUCAAUUAACGGUUUGUACUUUUAUCUACCAAAAGAUACUAAGUUGCUUCCUAAUUUCCCCUUGCUUUAGUAUUGUGAAGACAUCUUCCUAGGAUAUGUCAGAGUAACAAAUAAUCUUUUCUCAGAUAGGAUUUUUCUGUCGAGGUCUAGAUAUGUCUUAGUAUAAAUUCAGAUUUGCCUGCUAUCUUCCAAGUAUUUCGUUAAUGGGGUAAUAGGAAGGUUUUUAAAAUGUUCAUUUAAAAAAUUAAGCAGUACAAUUAACAAAGCUUACACAUCCAUAUUCCACCAUGGUUACUGAUGUGUUAAACUCUGUUAUGAACCUAUGAAGAGGCACGACUGAGUAAGCUUUUGGUCCUCACAUCAUUAAAUGUAAAGUCUCAAUAAGUCAGAUGUAAGUAGUAGGUGCUCCAUUAUUUUCCGGCAUACCACGUAUUUUCUGACCAUUUUUCCGAUUCCGUCUUAUACUACUAGACAAUAUGUCUUGAAGAGAUGUUUGCUUUGCUUCAAGAGCGAAUCGUCUAAAAUGCAUAUCAGUGUUUGAAACUCAACUUGUUUGAACAAGUAGAUUAAUGGUCAUUAACGUAGCUCCGUUCUAUAUAAUCAAGGUACAUUAUUUGAAUAACAUCCCAUUUUCAGUCAGACAAACAGUUACAAAGAUCAUUUUCAAGUGGUCGUAGACCUUGUAUAGGUAACCAAUCAGUUAUUGUACUGAGAAUUGCAAAAUCAAUGUUUGUUGUUUUUCCCAAUCAUUUUUAAUUACGGUUCUUGAGUUAGCGCGUUUUCUAUCUUUCUGUAAGUAAAUUAUUCUUGUUGCUCUAAAAAUCACUUCAUUUUCAGUCGAAACUUCUGAAGGCCCUCAUUCUCCAUUAUCACAACUAGGUGGACACACAAAGCAGAUUAGAAACAACGUUACAACAUCUACUGUUCCAGGUACUGCUCUCUUCCUCGGUGUUGGAGAUACUGGUCAACUUGGUUUGGGACCAGAUGUAACAGAACGCUCAAGACCUGCGCUCCCAAGUGCUACAAGUCUUGGUGCGUUACAAACAACUAAAGAAAAUUCUUUUUCGUAUUUCACACAAAUAUGUUGUGGGGGCAUGCAUUCUGUCUGCCUGACAACUAAUGGUACUGUUGCUACCUGUGGUUGCAAUGAUGAGGGAGCUUUGGGUAGACCAACGGGUAUGGAGUCUGGAUCCUAUGAUUCGUCUCCAUGCGAUCGCAGUGGUUCUUACCCUAUUGUAGAUGAGUGUCAUCUUGGACUUAUACCGUUUCCAACGAAGGUGAAGAUAGUUAUGGUUUCCGCUGGUGAUAGUCAUACUGCAGCCUUAGAUACCAAUGGUCAGGUAUGGUUGUGGGGAACGUUUCGAGGAGCUAGUGGUCCUAUAGGACUUACACAACCUGGGGAGAUUUGUUCAACUCCGCGACUAUUACUAGCUUAUGCUAUGAACAGUUCCAAUGAGCACAAUGAUGGUGUUUCAAACAAUGAAUCCAAGUUAUCUAGUCGAUCAACAAAUACAGCGCUUUUAACUUCUAGUACACACGUAGUAAAAAUUGCUUCUGGACAAGACCAUUUGGUUUGUCUGACAGAUGAAGGUCGUCUCUACACUAUGGGAUGUGGUGAACAAGGUCAACUGGGUCGUGUUGCUGAACGGUUUGCUAAAGAUGGUGGUCGUUCAGGGAUUAGCUCAUUACUUCAACCUACUGAAUGUCGAGUUCGUGGGGCCGUCCGUUUUUCCGAUGUGUGGGCAGGAGGUUUUGCUACAUUCGCUCGUUGUCAAAUGACUGGUGCUAUCUAUGCCUGUGGUCUAAAUAAUUAUGGUCAGCUAGCAUUACGCGAUACAACCGGUCAUGGAAAAUCGCUUUCAUGUAAUUCUACGGAAGAGUUUGGUGACAUCGAACUGAAUAUGGCUGAGAAUGCUGAAAAGUUAGUAACUGAUCGCCAGGAAGCUGACAGGUCGGAGGCCCAGCUAGUCGCUCGGCAAGGUCCCCUUAUUCAGUUCAUGUUAGUUCGAGCAUUUGGAUUUGAUCCGGAUCAAGAUUGGCGUCAGUUUGCGAUCGGUAUGCAUCAUACACUGGCUUUAAACCAUCUUGGUCAUGUGUACGCUGUUGGUCGACCAGAUUACGGUCGUCUUGGUUUGGGGUGUGAUUUGAAGGGAUCGAAAAUUUCAGUGAACAAACCUACACGAGUGCUUGGUGCACUUAGUGAGUGUGUCUGCUCAUGGAUCGGUUGUGGAGAAGUAUGUUCAUUUGCGGUUGAUACUAAAGGUCUUGCUUACUCUUGGGGUAUGGGUAGCAAUCAUCAACUUGGACAUGGAGACAGUGAAGAUGACUGUUGGGAACCAGAGUUGAUGGUGGGGAAACAACUAGAAGAUCGUCGAGUUUUAAUGGUUGACGCUGGUGGUCAACAUACUGUUAUGCUAGCUUGCUCUGCUACUCAGCCAAAAGUGAUUGAUACUGAGGCAGAUAUUGUGAUGGGUGAUUCUAAUCAGCUUCCAAAUGGGACGAACAAAUCUCCUGAAGCCGAAAAACAUGAUGAGGAAAUGUCAGAAGUGAUGUGUGGUCCACUUUCUAAUAAUAAUGUAGAGCCACAUCAGCAAAGUGUAGAAUUAUCCAAAGAUCUUAAGAUGUGUGAUUCUUCCGCUGAUACAUCAGUAGAGCGUAUUUUGAUUCCACCUAUUGGACCUGGUGCCCCACAAAGCAAGCGAAACCGACGUGCAAGUCCUUCGUCUGUAACUGGAAGUACCGGGACGACGUUGUUAACUCCUGUUGGGUUUAGUUGUGAAAGUACAACAGGAAGUACAGCAGGGGCCACAAUCAAUAGCAGCGUUCAUAGUUCUGCUGUUUCUGAUACUUGCUCCGUUGGAUCAUGUGCAUCGACAAGUAGUACAAGUAGUCAGUUGAAUAGUGCUAAAAGUACCGAUGGUGGUGGAAGUAGCCGAUGUAGUUCUUUUGACAAUUACAGUGUACAGAGUAGUUUAUUGUUAGUACCAUCCACAGAAGAUAAAUCCCGUAAAGGCACAUGAUACCCUGUCCUUAUUUUCAGUAUUUUAAAAAAUCUACUUGGUAUUAUUAUUUUCAUUAAUCCUUAAGGUUAUUUAUGAUACGUAGUAUCAAUUAUAGUCAUUUUUCAAACUGCUCAAAUUUAUUUCAUCUCUAACCUUGUGGUUAUACAUAUUCAUCGUCUUUUAGUUUACUGUUUCUGUGGAGAAUUUCCAUACUAAAUUUAUCCCAUGUGAUGUUUUGUCUUGGUUUUGUUUCUAAUAAUGGUCACAAUUUGUAAGAAAUUAAAGAUGAACUUACUCUUUAUGUAAUCCAUUGUUUCCAGACAACUUUCACUCAAACUAUUUCAGGCAACUAACUGAUUAACUCACCUAUUCGUUUUAUAUGUAUAGUGUUUAUUUUGUACACUACAUCUAUUUGUAUAAUUUAAUCUUUGUUAAACAUUUGGGAAAUAAGAAAAACUUUAAAUAUCCUAAUGUAUACUUUAAAUGUUAACCUAAAGUUUGUUUUUGUGAUUGCUUGUAUGUAUGCUUAUGUAAUUAUAUUAUAAUAAUAAUCCAUAUUCAUUUCAACGUU